AUGCUGUCGACUCUGCUGUGGAUCGCGCUGGCGCUCCUCGUGCUGCUCACGCAGAGCUACAAGAUCGUGGCGCGCUUCCUGCGGCUGCUGCUCCACACGUACUUCCGCAAGAUCGUGGUGUACGGUCUCAACAACUUCCCGCGCGAGGGGCCCGUUAUCCUGUGUCCGAACCACCCCAACAUGCUCGUGGACGCCAUCCUGGUCAUGACCGAGGCGGCCAGCCACGGCCGCAACCCGUACGUCUGGGCCAAGGGCUCGCUCUUCAGCAACCCCAUCGCCGCCUUCAUCCUCAAGAAACUUGGCGCUGUGCCCGUGUACCGACCACGACGCAAAGAGGCUACUCUGGCUGACGUGGACUCGGACAAGACCCCUGAGCAGCUGGAAGCCGCCAACAAGGCCAUGUUCGAGCACACCUGGCGAGUGCUCGCUGAAGGCAACGUCAUGGUACUCUUUCCCGAAGGAACGUCUUACACGGCGCCCAAGAUGCUCUCGCUGCGCACGGGAGUGGUGCGCGUGGCGACGGGCUUUGCCAAGCACUACGAUCAAGCCAUUCCGAUCAUUCCCCUGGGGCUCAACUACUUCAACAAGGACCACUUCCGGAGCCAGAUGACCUUGGAGUUUGGACCGCCCAUGGUGAUCACGCCAGACACAGUUCAAAGCGAGGCUUUCCAGCAGGAUGAACACAGCGAGGUGAAGCGCCUGACGCAUGAGCUCGAGGAGAGGAUGCAUGAUGUGACCUUGAACGCGUCCGACUUCAGCACCAUCCACGCGGCGAGAAUGAUGCGGCGCUUGUACUUGAACACGCCUGGGUCCAUCGACGCUAACAAGGAGGUUCGCUUGACACAGUACAUUAUCAACAUGCUGGAGAAACAGUCCAAAGACGAGGAGCAAAAAGAAAGCAUCGCCGCAAUCCGCGAGAAGGUCCUGCGAUACAAAGAGCAGCUCGAAAAACUGCGCCUGAAGGACCAGGAAGUGAAUCUUUCGGUGCCGAAGGAGCAAUCGCUGUUGCAACUUUUCCUGGGGCGAAUCCUGUACCUGCUGGUGCUGCUACCGCUAGCGACACCCGGUCUUUUGCUGAAUCUCCCCUACUACUUUAUUGGAACGAAGAUGAACAGUCUUGCUGGUUUCGUGGAAUCCAAGUCCAUGUUUAAGAUCUUCGCUGCAGCUGUAUUGGUGCCCGUACACUGGCUGGUGCUAAUUCUCGCCACUUGGUUCUUUCUGGGCUCUGCGUAUGCGUAUACGCUUGCCGUGGGGCUGCCGUUGUUGCUGUAUUCGCACAUUCGUGUGCUGGAGGAGAGCCGUUCCAUUGCGGAGAACGUGUAUUUCCUGUUCAACAUCACGGCCCACGCUGACAAGGUCGAGGUGCUUCGCAAGGAGCGGGAGUUGCUAGCGCAAGAAGUGCAUGACCUGGUGACCGCUUACGUGGACGCCAAGUUCCUUUCGACCGUGCACAAGUCUCUCGCGAGCUCGCCAGCGAAAUCACGGCUGCGCCAUCGAGCCUCCUCCACCAGCGACACGCUGCUCACGAGAUGAUGACACCACGAUGGUGCCGCAGCGUGCUUUUGUUGAGCAGCCUAGAAAUGUUAAACAUUUCUAAACGCUUUGCAGAGUGUU